UGCAUUUUGGCAAAAACUCUUAAACUCCAUUAACACUUAUGUUUUGGUCGGACCUUGCUAACUCCAAGGUAGUGGACCUAAAAAGUCGGUGUUCGUCCUUUGUGGGUGGAUACCUUUGGAGGAUCGAUAUUUUCGGAGCUAAAGCUUUCAAGUAAGAGCCCAUUAGGUCGGGCGAACCACGCGUCAAAGGGACGUUUCCGCAGUAAGUUGGACUUACCAAAACCCAACACAUAUUGCUGACGCGCUAGAGGGUUUCGGACAGGCACAUGAGUCUCUACUUGAUAUGUUUGAGCCACCUAUGCACCCGAAGAUGAUGGGAUUCAUGAAUUUUCGUUACACUUUGAAGUACUGCAUCAUCAAGCUUCGACGUGGUGCGAGUUGUCUGGGCGGUUCUAGCGAUGUUCUCGAGAGUGACGGAGGUCUCGCUCGCGCUCGAGGCACAGAGGCUCGGACGAGGGAGAGCCUAGUUGCGGCAGACGAUAUCCUGAGGUUCGUCGGCAUUCUCAGUCUUAGCGGAAGCCUCAGACUUCUCAACCGUUUCAUGAGGCUCAGUGGCAGCAGCCUCAGUCUUCUCAGCCAUUCCAGAACUUUCAGGGCCAUUGACAGCGGCCUGCAUCUUCCCAGGCUUUACAGCAUGAGUUCAGGCUAGUCAUUACUCCUGCGGACCAGAGUUUUAUACUCAAUUCCAUUGUCUGGGGCGCUUCCCCCACCGGUGUAGGGCUUAUUUUCAGUUCCAUUGUCUAAGACGGUGCCUCCAUCGACGCUUCCUACCUCUGUGAGUCAGUCUACACCGUUUGCCAGUUGGAUAGGUCCUGCUUUGAGUUUGUGUUCUACUGGAGCUAUAGGGACUAGGAGGGAUACUACUCUUCAUACCCAGAUGAUGGAGGGACUCUUUGGUCCACCGUUCCCGUAUUCAGAGGCUGGAGAUGACUCUGAUCCUCACACUUCUAGUUCUAUAGAUUUUUUACCGAGGGUUUUUAUUAUGUACUUUGGUUGAUGACACUUGACACUGUUUAUGCAUCAUAAUUCACUUUGUGUAUUUUAUUCACAGUUUAUGCAUUUAUUAGUGUAUAUUAGUGUG